UUACCAUGCCACUCCAAAUAAAUAAAUAAAAGGAAUAUAAAUGUAUAAAAUCCCUUCUUCUGUUCCUGGCCUAGGGUUUGAAGGAGCAAGCUAAGCUGCUAAAGGAAGCGUAAAUAUCCUCAGUCCGCCACCAUGGGUCGCAUGCACAGUCGAGGUAAGGGUAUCUCGGCAUCUGCUUUGCCUUACAAGAGGACACCUCCCAGUUGGCUCAAGAUUUCAUCUCAGGAUGUGGAGGAUAACAUCUGCAAGAUCGCUAAGAAAGGCUUGACGCCAUCUCAAAUUGGUGUCAUCCUUCGUGAUUCUCAUGGGAUUGCUCAAGUGAAAAGUGUUACUGGGAGCAAGAUUUUGCGGAUAUUAAAGGCGCAUGGGCUUGCUCCUGAAAUACCUGAAGAUUUGUACCACCUCAUCAAGAAAGCAGUUGCAAUUAGGAAACAUCUGGAGAGGAACAGAAAGGAUAAAGAUUCCAAAUUUAGGUUGAUUUUGGUUGAGAGCAGGAUCCAUCGCUUAGCUCGCUAUUACAAGAAGACUAAGAAGCUUCCACCAGUAUGGAAAUAUGAAUCAACCACCGCCAGCACCCUUGUGGCAUAGUGAAGAUAUAUUUGGAGUACAGCUCUUCCAUGAACUUUCUCUUGGAUAAGCUGAUCUCAGUUUUUUGAUGUUGGUGCGGGAAUUUCAUGUUUUAGAUUGAUCUAUCUUUUGGCAGUCUCUGUUUUAACGUCCCAAACUAUAAGUUGUCUUUAUAAUUUUUCAUUGAUUAGCUUGAGACUCAUAUGUUGCAAUUUUUUGGUUAUUUACUUUAAUGAUUUUAAAUUGCUGUGAUUAUUAA